GCGCCCAUUGUUGUUAUCCUUGGAGAGUUGAUGUUGCUUCUAUACAAAUGCAGCUCAGUACCUAAAACACUGAUUGACCAUUUUUGUGAUGAACGACAAUUGAAUGGCGAGCAAUUUCAGCUAUACCUUGCAUCAAACCAACAAUUCAAGAUUGUCACUACUUAUUAACACGCUUGAGUUUCACAGGACCGAUAAAGAUAUUACUCCUAUUGGUGGAUUUCCCCAUUAUGGUGUGGUGACGGUUGAUUACCUGUUGAUCAAGGGAUGUUGUUUUGUCCUAAGAAGACGCUAAAAAAAAUAUUAGGUAAAAAAACUAACCAUCUUCCAUGACCAAAACCUAGAGUUGUUGGAAUGUGUAUGUAUAAUUGUUGUAGGAUACAAUAGAGAUGUUUUAUUCAGAAGACGAAGUGGAUAUAAGUAAUGGAAUUAGCAGCAUAAGAAGUCGGGAAGCAGUUGCCAUAGAUUGUGAAAUGGUUGGAGGGGGGAGUGAUUGCUCACUAGACCUUUGUGCAAGGGUAUGCCUAGUUGACGAAGAUGAGAAGCUUAUUGUUCACACUUUUGUUCUACCUCAGAUUCCUGUGACUGAUUAUAGGUAUGAAAUUACUGGUAUAACGGAGGUAAAUCUACGAGAUGCCAUGCCUCUGAAUGAAGUCCGGGAGAGAAUUCUGCAGAUUCUUCACAAUGGAGAGUCAAUUAGUAGAGUAAGAUUGGAUGGGCCAUAA